GAAGACUGAGACAGGGGUGUGUUUGUAGUGGUGGCGGCUCCUUGGGGGUCCUUGUCCCCUUGGAGCUCUCAGACUGCUGAGGAGAAGGGCGGGAGUCCCGGCGGCGAUGGCUCGGUGGGUCCCGGACCUUGGGUGCCCAAGGGUCCCCAUUAGGCCACGGGCCCCGCGCGGUUGCCAUGGUGACGCAGGGUCGGCGGUUCCGCGCAGUGGAAACAAAGCCGCCCGCCAGCCCGCUCGCUUCUCGCCCGAGCUCCUCCUCCGUGGGCACCUCCCUCCCUCCCAGGCGCCGCCGCCGGAGCGGCUCUCGGCCCGGUGCCCGCCGCUACCGCCGCCGCGGUGGGCCAGGUAAGAGAAGUGGAGGCCAAUUUCUGGGUCAUGUGGUGGAUGUGUGUUUAACGUUUUAAGUAACCAUGGAACUAUCUUCUGAAGUGGCUGUAACAUUUUCUAGUCCCACCAGCAAUGUAUGAAGGUUUCAGUUCACAUCCUGGUCAACGAUUAUUGAUUCCAGCAAUUCUAGAAGAAACGCUUGGGCUGGUUGCGUUUCCGGUGGUGCUACCAGAGCUCAGGGCUGUCAGCCAGUCCUGCCCAGAAGUGCCACGCUCACAGGCAGGACGUGAUGCAGUAUUUCAAGGUGGUAGCGUGGAUUUACUAAAGUCGGCCUUACAAUUAAAGCAGACCCGUAUGGCCUUUUUAAAUAUGCGUUGGAGACAGAGAUGUAUAUGUAGAAGCUGAAAAUGCCUGGAAGAUUUCUGGUUUCUGUCACUACCUUUCCUGCCUUUUUGCAUCUGUGCCUGAUUUGGAUGAUGUGAUAUUCAGAGGCACACCUUAAUCGAAGUUCUUCAACGAGACGCAUCUGGCCAAAGAUUGUAUGCAUCAUUCAAGAUGGCUAGUCAACCGCCAGAAGACACUGCCGAGUCUCAGGUCUCUGACGAGCUGGAGUGUAAGAUCUGUUAUAAUCGGUACAAUCUGAAACAGAGGAAACCCAAAGUGCUGGAGUGUUGUCACAGGGUUUGUGCCAAAUGCCUCUACAAGAUCAUAGACUUUGGUGAAUCCACCCAAGGUGUCAUCGUCUGUCCUUUCUGCAGAUUUGAGACGUGCCUGCCAGAUGACGAAGUCAGCAGCCUGCCCGAUGACAACAACAUCCUCGUGAACUUGACUUGUGGAGGCAAAGGCAAAAAGUGCCUGCCCGAGAACCCCACCGAGCUGCUGCUGACCCCCAAGAGGUUGGCCUCUCUCGUCAGUCCUUCUCACACUUCCUCCAACUGUCUGGUUAUAACCAUCAUGGAGGUGCAGAGAGAGAGCUCCCCAUCUCUGAGCUCUACUCCUGUGGUAGAAUUUUAUAGGCCUGCAAGUUUUGACUCUGUCACCACUGUGUCACACAACUGGACUGUGUGGAACUGUACCUCUCUGCUGUUUCAGACCUCCAUCCGGGUGUUGGUUUGGUUGCUGGGUUUGCUGUACUUCAGCUCUCUACCCUUAGGGAUCUACUUGCUGGUCUCAAAGAAGGUCACCCUGGGGGUUAUCUUCGUCAGCCUCGUCCCUUCGAGCCUUGUUAUUCUGAUGGUGUACGGUUUUUGCCAGUGCGUGUGUCAUGAAUUUCUAGACUGUAUGGCACCUUCUUAAUCAAUAAGCAAACUAAGAAAUGGGGCACACGUUGCCAUGUUUCAAGUUAGGUAAUUCAUCAUUUAUUUUCCUUUCUAUUCUCAAUGAUUAGCAUUCGUGACCUUAACAAAGCCUUUGGCCAUACGGCUGAGGCCCGUUUUCCAUCACAUGUUGACACAGUUGGUUUUCCUGUAAGCUGGAAGUACAAGUGUUCAUCUCUAUUUAGGUAUUAGCAAAGAAGCAAAACUGUGUAAACUAAGGAUUUCGUGUAAACUCGGUCCUGCUAGGCAGACAGUGGCGGGGGCGGGUUAGGCUGCAGGAGAGGUCUUUGUGGAAGGUUCGGAAUGAACUGAUUUCUCUUCUCAUCAUCAUCAAUAAUCUACAAUGGAGGGUGGACGCCAGAGGAGGGCUGUUCCAAGACACAUCUGUUUGAAGAGUUCACUCCUUCCACAGCUCGGCUCGUGGUGCUCCCCUGAACCCCCUGCAGCUGUUUUCUCUUGUAGGUUAGUGCUGCUCUCUGUGGGCGCUACCCCGGCUGAGGUGUUUGAUCUCUUUGCACAUGCUCCCUUGCCAAGAGGAAACGCGGCCUCAUUCCUUCAUGUGGUUUCAGUUAAAUAUCUGUUUUGCCAUAUUACUAAAGAGAAUUAAAAGCAUUAAGCCAUUUGCGUCGAAGUAAACUUCAUGACAGAAUGUGGCCACUUGUGUUUGAGACACACCCCUUCCCCAUGUUUAUUUUCCAGUCUCCUCCAUUUUCUUUGAAAUUCUCACAGAGCAGUUAUUGUUCAUGGAAAUCUUCAUUUGUGAAGAUUUCCUUAAAACAGUUUAGUUUAUUUUAAACCACAGAGUUCAAUUAACUCCACCCCUUAUCCUGAAUGAGGUUCCAUUUAAAUUAGUUGCUAAAAAUUUAUGAGGAUUUUUCAUUUUUCCCCCCAUUGUAUUUUAAAUUCUAUUGUGGACUUAUUUAACUUAAUCCCAUAAGAAUUUGGGGGUAAAUUGUGGCAGUGGAAACCCAGAAACAAUGAAUGAGGUGUUCUGCCUCACAGUUUGAUGUGCGGAGAACCUAAAUAUUUUUAGGUUCUCCUGAGUUAACCAAAAAAUAAUGGUUUAGAUUUAUGUGCAAGACUGUGUUGCAGCAUGCCAAGCGAAAGGUUGGGCAAGAAACACACAAAGCUGACGCCCCGCUGGGAAAGACCCUUCCAGGAAGUAAAGUGGAGAUGGAGAGUGCAACUGCACGGAGUGCUUUCCCUUGUGUUGAAGUCCAUUUUAGAAGGGUUUCAAGAUCUUACACAAUUUAUUUCAAAUAAAAGUAUAAGCUAUGUGACUUGAGUUAAUGAAUUUGUUUUCACGAUGUAGGAGCAGUUGAAUGUAUAUAUUUAUGAGAAGAAAUUGUUUAGCAUAUUUUAGGUUUGAAGGAAUAGAGUGUCCACGGAAAUUAGGCAACAAAAAGCUUUUUAGUCUCUAAAACCCAUUGCUGGUGAUGAACAUUAAAAUAUUUAUAACUCUUAGAAAGGGGCAUUACUCAGACUAUUCUAACUUGUUUGUGAUGAAACAUUUGUUACGUGAUAUAGUUACAGUGGACCAGUUCCAAUCUCCUAAUUCAGGAAAAAUUGACACUUAUUUCUAGAAUAGCAGUUUGAUUUUAAUCGUAUAACUAUUAACUUUGAGAAUAUGGAUGCCCAAGGUAAGUAUGACAGGAAAGUAUAUGUAGGGAUGUGGUCCAAUGAAUUUAAGCCCAAGAUACAUCUAAAUACAUUUAUGAUUUCAUAAAAUCUAGUUUAGAUAGCAUUGUGAAUACAAUUUCCAAAAAUCCAUUUGUACUUAGAGUAAAUACAAGGGUUAGGAGAUGUUUUGUGGUUUGGGUUUAUAUAUUUAUAAGGUUGUGGGUUGUUUUUUUUAAUUCUCAUUUUAUCUACCGAAGAUGAUGUUAAAGUUGAUGUUAGAAAUGUAAUGGCAGACAAGUUGGUGAGUUAUCAUAUGAUGAGAUUCAUAGAAAGCUCUGGACAUGGUUACUAUGCAUUUUGCUUAUUUGUAUGUCUGCAGUUUUAAACUUGUAUCUCUUUGUGUACUGUGAUGGUCUUUUUUUUUUUUAGUUGCUAGUAAGUUGAGAUUGUAAAGACUUUAAAUGUAU